UCGAUCAUUCGAUCACCGUCGCCGAUUUUUCUUUUUUAACGAUCGCUUCGUGGAUUGAUGGCGGUCGAAUUUUGCCUUCCCGCGUGCUUCUGAACGACAAACUUUAGUACUUAUCAAAGGAGAGUGGCGUACGGAUGCGCGUCGUUGUAUCUCUGCAAGCUUAUACAACAGCUCAGACAUAUCGCGUCGUGGUUUCGGUGUGCUUCCGUAGUUCCAUUUGUCUCUGGGCUCCUCCGAUGUGCAUGCUUUUUGGAUAGACGUCGUAGCUGGUGCAAGAAGUCGCGUGCUGCAUGUGCCAAUCUUUCUGCGAUUCUAACCGUUUUUAACGUUUCCUCGUGCAUUCAAUCCUGUUUUUAAGUAUUAUAUGAGUGUCAAUGAUGAAUAACAUCGAGUGGUUUAGAAGGUACUAGGCACAUCAUUCCUAAAGACGACAAUUCCAAGAAAUAGCUUGCUAGUGUUACUUUAGUUUGUCAGGAGAGUUUGAGUAUAGUGGUUCACGUGGCAAGAAGAUAUUUAUACAUUCGUAGCAAUGGAUAUUCUCCAUCAAAUGAACUUAACGGAUUUUACGUUGUAUGAUUUAAUCAACGUGAAAGGAGUUGAAGACACCAUUGACAAAUAUCCGCUGAUGGCCUCACCGGUACCGGGUUCGAUACUGAUAGCGAUCUACCUCUACUUCAUUUACAAAUGGGGUCCAAACUUUAUGGAAAAUCGAAAACCAUUCGACUUGAAGUUUGUUAUAGCAGCUUAUAAUAUCUUCCAAGUCAUAGCUUGCUCUUAUUUGGUGUUGAAUUAUAUUAAAGUGGGAUUCGAAUUUAGUUUCAUCGGAAGAUGCACUCCAAAAUUGCCUGUCCAGGAGUACGAACAUGGAUACGACGCUGUCUACUAUGGUUGGCUCGCGAUGUGCCUGAGAAUGGUGGAGUUCAUCGAAACGGUCUUCUUUGUUCUCCGCAAGAAGCAGAAUCAGGUGUCAGCGCUUCACGUCUAUCAUCACAUUAGCACCUUCCUAAUAGUAUGGUGGAGUCUCAAAUUAAGUUUAUCAUACCAGGAAAUGUCAAUCAUGGUGCUUAAUUCGAUAGUUCAUAUCAUCAUGUAUUCGUACUAUCUAUUAUCAGCGUAUAAAAUGUUUCGCCCGGUGACAAAUCGUGUGAAACCCAUCAUCACUAUCAUUCAAUUGGCUCAGCUGGUGACAAUGCUAGUUCACGUGUAUGCGGCACUGGAACCGACCUGUACUGCAAACAAGUUCAUCUACAUGCUCCACGCCAUCAAUCUCGUCAUCCUGAUCAGUCUGUUCACCAACUUCUACAUGCAGACCUACAUCAAGAAGAGUCGUAAAGUUAAACAAAGCUAACGAGCAAGAGCCUUCUCUAAUGCGUUGUACCACUUUAUCUAUAUAGCAUUUACAUUAGUCAUGUUUGCCGAUUGGUUAUAUUUUUUUUCGUCGACCAGAGUAACCAAUAGAAGAAAAAGUGAAAUUUACAAGUCAAUAUUUAAACAUCAACUAAGCGCUACACUGAUGCAAUGGCCUUGCAUUGCAGUAUCGCACGGCGAUCUCAAAUGUUUCGUUUCUAAAGUUGACGGGAUCCUCAUCCGAUUCAUUGAGUCUAGGAACGAUUCGGUACAAAUGGUACCGAUGAUGUUGAAGACUAGGGAUUAAUGUAAACGCUACUCAAUUUUCUGCCACAGUGAAUGCUUCAACAAAUGGUUAUUUCUAGUUAGGUAUAAGUAAUACAAUAAAUUAUUCGAAUCAAAAUAAAUCCCAAAUAUCACAUUACCUUCUAUGACAACCAUGUACGAAAAUGACACAGUAUAGCAGUAUGUUACUAAUUAUUCCUAAUUUUGUGGCAAUCUCAGCCUAGCCAAUCUAUUAGUAUCAAUAUAGAUUCAGUACACCUUCUCUUUCUAGCUAUCUAGGUUGACUGAUAUUACGCAUUCAUCCAGGUGAUUGGUAGUGGAUUCAAAAUAUUCACACUUAAUAAUAUAGUGUUGUACGAAUAAUGUUGUAUAAAUUUUAUUAUCUGCCAAAAGCUACUUCCCCAUAGAUUCUUUCUUAAUAUUCAGCAAUAUCUAAGGAUCACAACAUAAGUGUAGUUACUGCGGUGUUCUGAUGACAGUAGAGUGCCGCAGAGCACUCCACCGUUUAGAAAAACCUUCAAUAUCAGAGGCUCACUGCCGGCAAUAUUGGCGUUCAACACCGAGAGAACAAAAUUUUCUGUACAACAUGAGAUCAUGUAACCUAAGUCCUCUAAGUCCUGACUAUACACUAAACAAAAUGUAUAAGUUUUGUUAGUGUGUAGAUUUCCGACACAAAGUAUCGUAAAUUAAUUAUAAAUAACGAAUCAAAAUAUCUCGGGGACUCAUGGUCAGUACGAGUACUUUUUACACAUCGCAGUGAAUGUGGAAUGAAGGGCGGAAAACAAACAAAAACGAGCGAGAGUUUCGAUAAAAAAUGUUUUAAAAUUUGAGAAUUGCGAAUUCUUUAAUUGCCGGUUGAUAAUUACGGAAAGGUAGAGAUAUAAGAUGGACAUGUUGUUUAGCAAACUAUCAUCAAAGAUUACCGUAAUUCGAACUCGUAAAUUUCCGAUAACCAAUGGUACGACAUAAUAGUGCUCUAUAGAAACAUGUCACACUAAGAAAAUUCAAUCUAAAUUAUAGCGAGAUUGUGUAAAUAUUUUAUUCAAUAUUUAACAUCAGACGAAAAUAAUGAUGAAGAAUGAAGAAUAAAAAGAGAUACACAGAUAGUUUUAAGUUUAAGUUUCACAUAUACAUGAAUAAAAAAUGACACAUAAAUAUGCAAGGGCAAAAAAAAUUCACGUUCGUAUUUAUCCAGUGCAGAAUUCGUCAUUUGUUUAGCAUUUUGAUUGGGAAGUGUCGAAUGGAUGCUAAAUGACUUAUAAUUAAUGCCGUAAAGGUCGAUGUUCGAUCUAGUCAAAAAGUUUAGGAAAAGCACACUACAUAUCUUUUACGGUCAUUCAUGCCGAAUAAAAAACCACCACCAUGGAACUGAAAAAGGUAAAUCCGAUGUUAUAGAUUUAGUGAGAUUGAAGUAUCAAAAUACGCAAACUUAACUAUUGAUAUAAUAAACUUAUAUCGGGAAAUAUGUAUAUUCAAUUAGUUAAGUAGAUCAGGGUAUUACAUUCCGAUGCGGAGUUUGUCUUUUUUUUUCUUCAAAAGACUUUGCGACCGACUCGCCAGUUUACUGUACAAUUGCAUUCUAUUGAAAUACUCUGAGUCACCGA